AUGCCACCUAAAAAGGAUGAAGUUGACUUAAAUGCAUUACCACCACUCAAGCAUCUUUGCGUGGGCAUUCGAAUUGAAGCAGGAAAGGCUCGUGCUGGAAAAUUAUUCAACUUACUUAAGGAAUGCAAAUCAUUUCAAAAGAAUGUAACUAGAGAGGAAAUAAUCAACUUUUGUAAGGAGAAAUAGUUGUAUGUUGAUCCUGCUACUUUGACGGAUAAACAAAAGAAAGAUUCUAAAUUUAUGGCAGAAGUAGCUACGGAAUUGACAUCAGAAGUUAUGAAUAAGGGUUUUUAGAUGUUCAUUUAAGAUUAAGUCUUGUCAAUAAGGAAAGCCAAGUAUUAAGCAGCUCAAGCAUUAGCAGCAGAGAAAGCUGCUCCACCAAAGAAAGACGACAAGAAGGAUGUCAAGAAGGGAGGCAAAGAAGCAGCGGCAGUUGCACCAAUUCCAGAACCUGAAAAGGCUGUACCUGAGAAGGAGUACACCAAGAAUUUUGACAUCGUUUUCAUUGUACAAGGGUUCCCUCAAGUACCAUAAGAAUAGAUCGAAUUACUCAUGCAUGUAAAAGAGAAAGUAAUUAAUUGGGGUGGAGUCGAUAUGAAUCUCUUGGAACAAGGAGAAGAUUUCCAAGAGGAAUUGGAGAAGAGAAUGGAAGAAUUCGUAUAACCAGUUACAAUUAAGAGAUCCUACUCAGAAGAAUCUCUACAUUAUACUGCUGCAGAAAGGGCAGUCAUUGAAGAAAUUAAAAAACAAAGAAAUGGCUCCCAAAAGACAGAUCCACUUAGAUAGCUUACUAUUAAGGAAUUGAUCUUGGAAAUGGAUUUGGAAGUUGAGGAAGAAACCCUUAAAUAAUUCCAUGAAUAAUUGAUUGAAGAGAUCUGCUAAUUUAGUGUAGAUCAAUAGCAAUUUAAUGAAUGGAUUGUUAAUAAGAAACCUAUUCCCUUGAUUACCAAGGAAGCACCCAAAGAUCCAUUCGAUUUAGAAGUUGAGCGUAUUAAGCAUGAGGCUCAUCAAGCAGAGGAGCAACAGAAGGCAGCAGAAGAGGCAGCUGUUGCAGAAAAGAACAAAAAAGGAGCAAAGAAAGAUGCUAAGAAAACUGAUGCAGAAUUAGAAGCUGAGAGAUUGGCUGAAAUAGAGAAGAAUAAAUAAAACGAAUUGAGAAAAUAAUAAAUUGAAGAAGCUUUGGAAUAACAACAGAAAAUGAAAGCCAAAUUACAUUUAUAAUAUUAUAAGCGAUAACUAUCUGAUGUGCAACUCUCAAAAGUAGGACCUUGCAUCCUAUUAGAAUGUUUAUUAGAUUAGUUAUCUGCUGAGGCUGCUUAUAUUUAAAGUUCUAAAGUGCCGCCAUGUUUAGAGGAUUAAGAAGAUGCGGAACAAGUUAAUAGACUUUUGGCAAAUCAAAAAAAGGAGUAACAUUAAGCAGAAAGUGCAAAAUAGUUAAUAUUAGAUGAAUGUGAUUGGAUUGAAGUAAGGGGACAUUUUGGUUAAUUACAUGAUUAAUAAUGUAUUGUUGAGAGAGAACAUAAGAUCUUUAAUAAUUUAUGUUUCCCAGGUAUUGAUAGACAAGGCAUGCCUGAAACAGCAGAGAAAUCAGAGAAAUUACGAAAGGCUAAUAAAGCAAAGUUGCAUCCAUUUAUAAAUGUGGAUGUAAGCGAAUUUGAAAGAAGACAACUGCUCUUGUCUUUUGAGGAAUUACUCAAAGAAAAUGAGCCAGAAUAAGACUGGUAUUUGGGUGAUCGUAUCUACUUAGAGAGACAUAAUAAAAAUACAUUGAGACAACAGUUUUAUGAGGCAUUAUUACACGAUCCUCAAGUAGUUCUAAAAUACUUACCUGAUGAUGAUGCUCUUAUGGUUUGUUGUUAUUAUAAGAAUCCUCCUGGCAGAACAUUAAGAAAGAAAUGGUCAGCUGAAUGGAGAGUUUUACCUAAUUUGGAAUACUUCAUUCAAGUUCGUAAUUUUAAUAGUGAAUACUAUUAUGAUAUUGAUUACUAAUAAAUUGGGGCUAUUACUGAGAGAUCAAAAAUAAUGUACCCCACUGAUAAUUCAUUAAUAAUUGCCACCAAAUUUACUGUUGGAGAGGUAGAACGUAUAAGGUACAGAGUUAUUAAAGAGAAUGUUGUUUUUGGAAUACAAGGGGGAUUUUAUGCUUAAUUUAGAGAUUUGAGAAUGAGUGCCUAAGAUCAGAUAAUGAAUUUGACAUUUAAGAAUGGUCUUUGCUUAAGGUUUACUUAGAAAGGAGAAGUAGUUUAAUAAUACCUUUAUCAAAAACCAUAAGAAUAGACUCAGACAUUGCUAAAUUUAUACGAUAAUGCAGAAAUUAAUCAUGAAUUAGAAAUUAAAAGAGUUAUUACAGGGUAAGGAACAGUUAUUGUAUAUAAGAAAGAUGGAUCAAUCAUAGUAUUAUAUGCAAAUGGAAAUGUCUCUAUGUACAAAAAUGACAUGUGGAUAACGACUAAUAAUAAAGGAAUUAGAAAAUCAUAGAAGGGAAUAGAAAAGGUUCCAUGUGCAAUUAAAAAUGAUCCUGAAAGUGGUGCCAAAGUUUAUAUUCGAGAUGAUCAAACUCUCAUCAUUUAUUACAAGGAUGGAUCUCAGUAUACCUAACAUUAUGAUGGAACCAUAAUGCUUAUAAAAGGAGAUAAGGUGAUUGUGGAACAUCCUAAUUUUGCUAGUGUUGUAGUUACAAUUGAUAAGGUCAAAUAGAGAACUGGAACUAUCAUUGGAAUGGGCAGUGCUUAUGCAAAUGUGGGUUUUGACAAUAUCUUCGAAAGAAGUAAUGAUGGCAGAGUGGUAGAAACCUUUUACUAAGGAUGCAAGGUGAUCUCUUAUAUCGAGAAAUAAGAACUUCCAGAGUACAAGUAAUACAAGACUAAUCGAAUUCAUUUGAUGUACACUCAUGAUGGAAGUGUUGCUAAGGUGGUUGAUGAUGGGGAAAUUGUCAUAGUUACUGCUGAAGAGAGAGUGAGACUCAAUAAUAAAGGAGAGAAGAAACCAUUGGGAUAAGACUUAGACUAUUGGUUGUAAUUGUUUUCUGUUUCAGAUGAACGUAAAGCUGGAGUUUAUACUAUUGAUUUGACUAGAAAAUGUAUCUUUACAAAGGAUGAAGAAUCCAAUUACUUCUAAAUUGAUGAAGAUGGAAAUGUUACUUCUAAGAUUUCAGUAUCCUUAAAUCAAGAACCCUCUACCCCUGAUUACAUUCCAGAUGGCUUAUUUGUUGAUGAAGAAAACAAAGUGCUUCCACCACCAAAGUCAUGGGUUCCUCCCAGAUUAUUUUUAGUUAAAAAUGAUAAUACAGGUGUUGAAUUGUUUAAUCAAACUCAAUUAUAGGAUUACUUCAGACUUAAAUCAGAAAAUCCAUUCUGUAAUAAAUUAAUUGAUGAAUUACCAAAUAAUGUCAAGUCUAUUUCAUUCAUUACUGAAUUGAAGAAUCAAGCCAAAAAGUUCAUUGAAGUCAAGAUACCAUAAACACUUGAUAUUGUACCCAAAACAGUUUAAAAAACAACUAUCAUUCCUCACAAAGUCUUCACCUAUCGUAACUUCUUGGAGUACCUUCCUUUUGAUAAAGAUCAAAGAGCUCUACAUGAGCAGUCAUUGUAAAAAUAUGAAGUUUGGUAGAAGGCUAUGUAGAAAGCUUAAAAUGAAUUUGGAGUUAUACAAAAAUCAGAAGAUGAAAGAGAUGCUGAAUUUAUCAUCCAAAUGAAAAUUUUAGAAAGCAGAAGAACUGAUUAUUCAUAUGAAUCCUAUGAUCAAGCCAAAAGUAAAAUAGCUCUGCCUGAUAUGGCAUCCAAUGCGGUCGAACCCCUUGAAUAAACACUAGUUAGAACAGCUAAAGUCUAAUAAGUUGUCUAAUAAGCAUUUGUUGAUGUACAAAGGAAAGUACAAACGAUUUCACUCUAAAAAUCCAUCAAACCAACUUCUGAAGCCAAAGGGUUUGUCUAAAAUUACUUUGAUACAAAGGAAGGACAUGAAUAUUUGAAAACAGCUCCAGAAAAUCCUCCAAUCAAAAAACCAAGAGACAGAAUAGUCUAACCUACAGAGGAACAAUAAUAACAAUAGUUAACAUAGAACCAGCAAGAUGCUUAAAAGACACUACUUGAAGGAAUUAUUCCAUUAGAAUAACCUUAACUGCCUUCACCUUAAUAUAAUAAUACAAAUAAUCUCACAAAAGUAAUUAUUAAACCCUCCGUUUUUACUCAAGCAGAAAUUGAUGAUGAGUUUAAAUAAAGAAAAUAACUUGAUGACUCAAUUAGAUAUAGAUAAGUAAAGAAGAAAGAUUUUGAUGUGUAUGGAAAGGAAAGAAAAGAUCUUAAAUUAGUGCCUUGUCUUCUUAAGACUAAUCCAAAAUCUGAAUUGAAUUAAAAAUAUAUUUUAACAGAUGCCACCACUGACAAUAGAAUUAAAAUUAGUUCUAUGGCUACUAGAGUUUAUCAAUAAGCUGCUCCAAUUAGUCAACUUAGAAAUGAAGGCAUGCAUCAAACCAUCAUAAGGACUUUAGAUAAGAAAAAUAAUUUAGAUGAACUUAUAGAUAAAAAGAAUCUCAUGGUUACAAGCGAUAUCAAUGAUAGGUUAAAGAAGGAUCUAUUGAUUUAUCCUAUAAAUGUUUAGUUUGGAGAACUUAAACAAGGUGGAUAAUACGAGGUCAAAAUUUCAGUUAAAAACGAGGAUAUCAUGGCUUAACGCAUAGUUUUAAAGUAACCAUUGAAUACAAAUAUUAAAGCAUUAAUGAAAUAGAUGGGCUCGAUAUCUCUCGGUUUAGUUAGAGAAGUAUUCGUUCUUAUCAAUGCAGAAAGAGUUGGACAAUUUUCUGACGAACUCUAAAUCAUGUCAAAACAUUCCAUCUAUACAAUCCCAAUUACUGGCAAUGUUAUGGAGUAGAGCAUGUUUGAUAAACUCAAUUCAGAAUAGAUCAAACUCACUAAUAAACCUCUCUUAAGAAAAUAUGUUAAGGACUUGAAAGCAUCUAAACAAUAAGACAUAAUUGGAGAUAGUUAGGAUUCUGAUCUGCUCCCAAAGAUGAAUUAUGACAAAAAUGUCAAAAUUGAUCCCUUUUAGAAUCAAAAGAAAGAUGAAUAAUCAUAUGAGGAGGAAAAUUGA